AUGGCCGCAGUCGAGUGCAUGCCGCUGGCCUCGCGCCACCAUCCUCAUCAUCCAUUUAAUCAAAAUCGCCGACCCAGUGUUGGCAGCUCUAUGGGCAGCUCUAUUGGGACCACUAUUGGCAGCAACAACCCAUACGCCCGCUACAUGUCACCAUCGCCCUCACUCCACUCAAGGCGAUCGCACUCUGAAUCCAUGCCUUCCAUCUAUUUUUCCGGCAGCCCCGAGCAUCAUCCGGUGGAGCCGCCCCGAAGACGCGACAGCGGUGUGCCGCUUCGCCGCCGCAGCAUGCAGCAAAAGUACUCGCGCCACUCGCAGCUUGUGCACCCCGACAUCAUCGACCAACUGGACAACGUGACUGCGUUCUCUUACCACCACGAGGGGCCCUAUGAUGCCGUCUGCCCCGAACGAAACCUUGUCAGUCAGAGCAGCCCACUGGAGGCUGUCAAGGAAUCCAACGCCGAGGCCCUUCGCGCCACGCCUCGUGACAAAAUUGUCGACUGUAUCAACAGCCACCGUCCGUUAGACGGGACCGCCUUUUUCCCGCCUGGAACUUCCGACCCCAGCGGACAGCAUUACGACUACGAAGAGGGAUCUAACAUGAUGAACGACUUUGGUAACUUUAUGCGAAUGCCCGGCAAGCGCUUCACCGACGAUGACUUCAAGAACGACCCAUUUUACAACCGCCCCGUGCCCAAUCCGUUUGCUCAACUGCGGAAGGUUCUGAGUUUGCGGCGCAGAAAACGCCGAAGUACGACCUAA